CGAACCAAACUGAAAAAGCACAAGGCCGCUCCGAUGUCCGACCCGCGGCCGCACCACACCCUCCAGCUGAAAACCCUCGCCGCCCCCACACCGCCAAGCGCCUCCACCCAUCCUGCCAUCCACAAGCCCAAAAAACUGAAACCGAAACGCCCACUGCACCCAGAUCCGCUCAUCCAUCACUCGGUUCAAAGUUGAAGCCCCCGAAAUCCCCCCACCCCCCAAAAAAGAGAAAAUCGUAGGAAAAUCUCACCCCAGCUUCAAAAAUUUCCCCUCCACCGCAAGUCGAAACCCCUUGACCCCCGACGCGACGCCGCCGGUGUCCCCCCGCCGCUCCCCAGUCCACUGCCGCCGCCGCGGUCGCAGCGCCGCUCCUCUCUCGGUCCAGUGGAGCGGAGAUCCACCCGGACGUGGAUUGGCUUCGUUUUCUCGUUGUGCAUGCGAGCAAACACUUAGAAUCCUGAGCAGUUUUCACAACAGCUCUUCAUUCCUAUGAAAUGUCACUUCUUAGUAGAUUCUUCUACAAGAGGCCUCCUGAUGGAUUACUGGAAUUUAUUGACAGGAUUUAUGUUUUUGAUUCAUGCUUCUGCACUGAAGUUUUGCCAAAUGGAAUGUACCCAGUCUAUUUAAAUGAGAUUCUUACAGAGUUGCAUGAAGAACAUUUAGAGUCCUCAUUUCUGGCAAUUAACUUUAGAGAUGGUGAUAAGAGAAGUCAGCUUGCUGAUAUCCUACGCGAAUACAACAUUCCAGUUAUUGAUUACCCCCGUCAUUUUGAAGGCUGCCCUGUGCUUCCUUUAUCUCUAAUUCAGCAUUUCCUUCGUGUCGCUGAGCACUGGUUAUCUACUGCAAACAAGCAAAAUGUUAUAUUACUCCAUUGCGAGAGAGGGGGCUGGCCGUUAUUGGCAUUUCUGUUAUCUUGUCUUCUCAUCUACAAGAAAUUGCAUGGAGCUGAGCAGAAAACUCUGGACAUUGUUUACCGUGAGGCCCCUAAAGGAUUCCUACAGCUCUUUUCUGCACUCAAUCCAAUGCCUUCUCAGCUCCGGUACAUGCAGUAUGUAGCCAGAAGAAAUAUAUCUCCAGAGUGGCCUCCGAUGGAAAGAGCACUCUCUUUGGAUUGUCUGAUUCUUCGAGCCAUUCCAAGUUUUGAUUCUGAUAAUGGAUGCAGGCCAUUAGUCCGCAUUUUUGGGCGAAAUCUUCUUGGCAAGAAUGUUAGCAUGACUAAUAUGAUUUUUUCUAUGCCUAAGAAUAAAUCUUUGCGUCACUAUCGGCAGGAGGAUUGCGACGUGAUAAAAAUUGAUAUACAAUGUCUAGUCCAGGGAGAUAUUGUUCUAGAGUGUGUACAUCUUGAUAUUGAUCCAGAAAAGGAGGUUAUGAUGUUUCGGAUAAUGUUCAAUACUGCUUUUAUUCGUUCAAAUGUAUUGAUGCUGAAUAGCGAUGAUGUAGAUAUACUCUGGGGUUCAAAAGAACGCUAUCCAAGGAAUUUUAGAGCAGAGGUGCUGUUUUGUGAUAUUGGGGGCAUCUCUCCCCCAAGAGCUCCAACAGCAACACUGAACGGUGAUCUGAAGGGUGGUUUACCAAUUGAAGCCUUUUCAGCUGUUCAAGAACUCUUCAACGGAGUUGACUGGAUUGAAAGCAGUGAUGAUGCUACCUUUUGGUUGCUCAAAGAAUUCUCAGCAAACUCACUGCAAGAGAAAUUUCAGAAGCUUAUACUCAAUGACAUGAAAGAACUCUCGAAGUUGCAAGCUAAAGUUGGUCUACAGAUGCCACUAAUGUCUCCACUUGAUUCUGAUGAAGAAAAAUAUUCCGUGGCUUCUGAUUCUGUUUCUUCAGCUGAUCAUGAGAAGGUUCAGCAUGGUGGAAGCUCAUCUGAUUCAGAGAACAUUGAUCGCGAUCUUACUACUGAAGAUUCUGAAUCCAAUGAUUUUGCGGCUACUCUCUCGAUGAACUCUUCCCUUCCUCCCCAGCCUCGACCAUCUCCACCUCAUGGGAUAUUGCCUAACCUUUCGCUUUCAUCUUUGUCCACAACUGGGCAAAGUGGACCACUAACAGAAUCACCGCCGGAGCUGCCAAGUAGCAGGCUACCAUCGUCACAGCCCGCUCCUCCUCCUCCUCCGCCACUACCACCACCACCAAGUGGCAAGAAACCUGUUUCGUCACCACUGCCGCCGCCGCCGCCACCACCACCGCCACCACCACCAAGUGGAAGCAAACAUGUUUUCUCAUCACCACCGCCGCCUCCACCGCCACUGCCACCUCAGAUUGGCAGUGUAGGUCCUCCACAACCUCCGCCACCACCACCACCACCGCUGCCGCCUCCUCGCAUUAACUGUGUGGCUCCUCCACAGCCUCCACCACCGCCACCGCCACCGCCACCGCCACCAUUGCCAAACUCUGGGACAGCAACCCCUUUACCUCCAAUGCUGAAGCAACAGAAAAAUGUUUGUGCAGCAGCAGCACCACCCCCACCGCCUCCGGCUCAUGGAACUGCUAAUAAAGGCCCUCCUCCGCCUCCUCCACCUCCUCGCCCUCCCUAUUCUAGCAAAGCACCUACAGCUACUGCUGCUGCUACUUCAAAAGGACCACCUCCUCCACCCCCACCCCCACCUCCAGCUAGUCGUGCCAGUGAUUGUUCAAGAAUUACUGGCCCUGGUGCUCCAUCGCCACCCCCACCCCCACCAUUGCCUGCAGGUGCUAUUCAAAGAACUCCUCCAGCCCCACCACCACCUCCCCUGAUGACAGGAAAGAAAACCCCUGCACCACCGCCCCCACCACAAGCACCAAAACCUCCUGGAACUGUACCCCCUCCACCACCCUCAAGCUCAAAGAUCUCAAACGCACCAGCACCAGCACCACCAUUAUUGGGAAGGGGAAGAGCCAACACAACUGGAUCAGUAAAAGGCCGUGGCAUUGGAUUGGCGCAGCAAAGUAACCCUCCCAAAAAGGCUUCACUAAAACCUCUGCAUUGGGUGAAAGUUACUAGAGCGACGCAAGGAAGUCUCUGGGCUGAUGCCCAAAAACAAGGAAAUCAGGCUAGGGCUCCUGAUAUCGAUAUAUCCGAGUUGGAGAGCUUGUUCUCUACUGCAGUUGUAACGAGCACAAGUGAAAAAGGAGCAACAAGGCGUGGUUCAGCUAUUAGCAAGCCGGAAAUUGUUCACCUGGUUGACAUGCGACGAGCAAAUAAUUGCGAGAUAAUGCUUACUAAAAUUAAAAUGCCUCUACCUGAUAUGAUUAGUGCAAUCUUGGCUUUGGAUACUUCUGUUCUUGAUAAUGACCAAGUGGAAAAUCUCAUUAAGUUUUGCCCUACAAAGGAAGAAAUUGAGAUGUUGAAGAAUUACAAUGGCAACAAAGAAAUGCUUGGGAAAUGUGAACAGUUCUUCCUGGAACUAAUGAAAGUUCCACGUGUGGAGGCCAAGCUAAGAGUUUUUGCUUUUAGAAUUACAUUCUCAACACAGGUGCAGGAGCUAAGAACUAACCUAACCACCAUAAAUGAUGCAACAAAGGAGGUUAAAGAGUCUCUGAAGUUACGGCAGAUAAUGCAGACCAUUCUCACAUUAGGGAAUGCUUUGAAUCAAGGGACAUCACGAGGAUCUGCUGUUGGCUUCAGAUUAGACAGCCUUCUUAAACUGUCGGAUACUCGAGCUAGAAAUAAUAAGAUGACACUAAUGCAUUAUUUAUGUAAGCUUCUUGCCGAGAAAAUGCCUGAGCUUCUUGAUUUUGACAAAGACCUAAUUCAUUUGGAAGCAGCUUCUAAGAUCCAAUUGAAGUUGCUUGCGGAAGAAAUGCAAGCAAUAAACAAAGGCCUUGAGAAGGUGGAGCAGGAACUAGCUGCUUCAGAAAACGAUGGUGCAAUUUCUAUUGGCUUUCGUAAGGCGCUGAAAAGCUUUCUUGAUGCUGCAGAAGCUGAGGUUAGGUCCCUCAUUUCCUUGUAUGCUGAAGUGGGAAGAAACGCUGAUUCCCUAGCUCAGUAUUUUGGUGAGGAUCCUGCACGCUGCCCUUUCGAGCAAGUGACAUCAAUUUUGGUUAUUUUCGUAAAUAUAUUCAAAAAAUCACGUGAUGAAAAUGCUCGCAACGCGGAGGCUGAGAAAAAGAAACUGGAAAAGGAAAAGGCAAGUGCAUCUGCUAAAAAAGGCUUGGUAUGAGACUAUUGGUAUGCCAAGUUCCAUCUUGGUGAAGCUAGGCUUUGUUACAAGGAGGGCCUGCUGUAUAAUUCGCUGUACACCAGAACCUGCUCUCAAUCCCAUGUUCAAGAUAUGCAGAGGUAUAGUGUCAGGAAGCUCCCUAGCUGGGCGCCAUUCGUUAAAUAGUUGCCUUGCGAAUUCCAAAAUUUUGGAACUUUCUGUGAUUAUCCAGUAGGGAUCUAUGGAGGCCGCGGUGCUGCUGUAGUUUUUUUUUUCUUUUGUAAUAUAGCAGUUACUGGGAUAUAGCUGUCUUACUUGUACAUAAAAUGAGCCCAAGCGGGAACGAUGCAAACAACACGAGUGUUCUUUUGAUUUUUUUGGAAAUAAACACGAGUGUUGUACAAUGUUACUGUAAUAUCAAGAAACUAACAAAUCAGAGCCAUGUUACUCCAAA